AUGAACCGAAUCAAAGCACCUGGUGGGGCGCCCAAUAUCCACACGCACUUUGUGCUUCUUCGAUCCCGAGCUUUUUCUUCCACACAAAAAUGCAUGGACUAUCCUGCGCACGACAACCCCUCGCCCUACGAGAUCUUUGGCAUGGGCCCGCACAAUCUCAACCAAAAGGCCCUCAAGCGCGAGUACUACAUUCUGGCGAAAAAAUACCAUCCCGACUCCAAUGGUUCGAGUGAAGAAACCGCAGAUUUGACCAAGGAGAUCAAAGAUGCGCGGUUCCGAAAGAUCUCCAAUGCCUACGAGAUUCUCAAAAACCCCAGUAGACGACACGCCUACGACAGAUUUGGCCAGGGCUGGGAGGGAGCUCGUCCGGGGCCCUACGGUCAAGAUGGCGCCACUUCGAACCUGUACAACCAGGCCUCCACCGCUACAGCUGGCCAUGGACCUCGGUACUCGACCCAAUCGGACGGGUUCUGGGGCGCCUCGGGAUGGCAGGACUAUGAGGAUUUGCGUAACCACAGCAGCAAGGCAAAACAAAACGAGAACACGACCCUCAUCGGCAUGGCUUUGGUCGUGGUCGCGGUGGUAGUUACUUACUUGCAGAUCAAACGAAUCAUCGACGUGAUGGAGGACCAAUAUUUCCGAGUUAAGGAGCAGAACAAGAAGCUGGAAGACUCGCUGUUCUGGGCCCGAAACAAUUACGGAUUUGCACAGGGCAAGGACGACCGAGUAUCUCGGUUCCUGGUCAUGCGACGAAACUCGCUGGCCGAGGAAGGAGACUACAUGGAGGCCCAGCUGAGUGAAGACAACUGGCGACGGCGAAAGAUUGCCGAAAAGCGAGCCAAGCAAGCAGAAGCGGCAGCGGCAGCAGCAUCCAACGGUGAAGAAGUGCAUGGCAAGCUGGAUGCUACUCCCGAGCCUCCGGUCCGUCCCCCUCCCACUGCUCUCGAGGUGGUGAAUGCCUUUUCCAAGUCUGAGCUCAUUUCCAAGGCCGUUUCUCUGACCACCAAGGAUCAGGUGGUCUCCACAACGUCGGCUGUUUUUACAGAUUCACUUCUGACGUCCAUCCAGGGUGUGGAUAAAGAGUAG